ACAAUUGUGUUUCUGUGUUUCACAUCUCAUGCUGUUUCCAGCCCACUGUCAUAAACCAGUAAGGUGAUAUUUGGGUAACUACAGGCUGUGAGGUGGAGCACCAGAUUCCACCAGAGCGCCCGGAGUCAGCAAAGGGGAGGGACGUCAUGAUGUGUCAGCUGGCAUCACAUCAUGUUUGGCUCGCAGCGAGGCAAGGGUCUCCGGCCAAAUCAGUUCAUAUAAUAGACAGGAUGAAACACAGCAACCUCAGUCAGAUGCAGUCGUCUCUACGCUUGGACACAAUGGGGGCUGCAUGUUGGCCUGAUGUUUUCAUGUUUGUCUGCGUGAGCACGCCAAAAAUGUCCCCCAGAUUGUACUAAAGUACGGGAAAAAAAACUAAAUGCUCGCAGGAUCAAGCUAUGAAAAUCAACUUGGAGUGAUUUUUAGACGUUCUGCAGAUAUGUGAUCUUUUGCUGUCCCGGCUCAGAAACAGAGUCCAGUCGGAGGUGAAACUUGUCCCUUGGGACCAACGGUCAACUGAAAUGGGGUUUAACAGGAAGAGAAAAAGAGUGGCGACCAAUGAAAUGCAAAGGUGCAUUGUUCCCCCCAUGUGAGAGAAUAUAAGCACAACCUAGAGAGUCUUUUAGGGGCCGAAAUAAGGGAAACACCGAAAAACAAAGUAAGGAUUACACUUAAACUGUAUUCCAGAAAAAAAAUCGAAUAAAACUUCACUGUAACCACAUUUUAUUUGCAGAAUUAUUUAGUAUCCAACUAUAGCCCAGCCUGUCGCUAUGUGAUGUGAUAAUAAAAGUUUAAAAGAUACAAUCCAUAAAAUAAAUAAGUAGCCUGACUAUUAAAACUGAACCUUGCUUUCACGUUCAGACUCAAAUCGAUAUUGGUCACUCACUGCUAAUGUAGCCCCACAUAUUCAUCCAUCUAUCUAUUCAUCACGUCAUCUACAGUCGAGCAAGCGAUGUCAGUGCAGUGCGUGCGCAUUCAUUGACUCCGGCCAGCAGGGGGCGCUGUUUUCUGCCUGACCUGUUGAGGCUCGGUGGAGUGGUCUGGCAAUUAAUGUCCAAAACUCCAACAACCUGUUGGAUGCGUCGAUAGACAGCUGACAAGUUGAACACAACGUUGUUUUUUUCAUCCCCUCAUCACAGACGAGCUGGUGUUAUGUGACCGCAUUGUUGUUGUUUUUUUUUAAGCACGUUUCCGCUGCCAACAACCAACCAGCUACGGAAUAUGGCGGGGCACCCGGCGGCACCCGGGGGCACCCGGGGGCACGGACACGGACACGACACCGUGCGGCUGCGGACUGUUCCAGGAUGUUUUUCGGCGCGGAGACGCACCGGAGGGCGGUGUCUCAUGAGCAGAGAAAGUCAGUAUGCUGUCAGCAUUGAUCGCUCCCUUCAAGUACAUAAGCCCCGGGACCAGCAGCACAGAGGACGAGGACAGUUUAAGUACCAGCAGUGCAGAGGUAAAGGAAAACCGCAACAUUGGUAACUUAGAGGAUCGCACCAUCGGAUCUGCGGAGUGCCAGUCGCUCUUCUGUUCCGACUCUGCAAGAGGCGGAAACUCUGGUCUAAAGAGGAAACGACCGCUGGAGGAAGACAACAACGGGCACUUGUGUCACCUCCGCCUGAUCUAUAAGAAACUGUCCUGGUCUGAGGCUCCAAAAAAUGCGUUGGUGCAGCUGAACGAGCUCCGGCCGGGCCUCCAAUACAGCAUGGUGUCCCAGACGGGCCCGGUGCACGCUCCCGUCUUCUCCAUCGCUGUGGAGGUGAACGGGCUGACGUUCGAGGGCACAGGGCCCACAAAGAAGAAAGCUAAGAUGAGAGCUGCUGAGUUGGCUCUCAAGUCCUUUGUCCAGUUCCCCAACGCUCCUCAGGCCCAUCUAGCCAUGGGAAACAUCUCCAACCCUUCGGCCGAUUUCACCUCAGACCAGGCGGACUUUCCUGACACGCUCUUCAAGGAAUUCGAGUCUUCGUCGUGCGCUAACGGCCUCUCACUCUGCAACUCAGCAGCUGAGAGCGAGCUACUAUCGAGCGAGCUGCUGAGACAUGGACGUUUGCUUUGCCACACCUUGGACCUGAUGGUGCAGGCACAGCAGAGACUGGGUGGUAUUGUUCCAGAGGCCGAGGCCCCCAAGAGCCCCGUGGCGUUGUUAAAUGAGCUCCGGCCGGGCCUUCGAUACGCCUGCCUUUCGGAGCGAGCUGAGGGCCGACGGCUGCAUAGCUUUGUGAUGGCGGUGCGCGUGGACGGGCGCGUGUUUGAGGGCUGCGGUCGCAGCAAGAAGCUGGCCAAGACCCAGGCGGCCCAGUGUGCUCUUCAGGCCCUCUUCAACAUCAGGACGGCCCCUGAGGGGAGCACAGGACUCAAAGCCAGCAGGAAGAGUUGUGCUCAUUUACCCCAGGACUUUGCCGAUUCAAUAUUCCACUUGGUGAGGGAGAAGUACCGGUCGCUGGUGGGCGGCUGCAGUCCUGCGCACGCUCGACACAAAUCCCUGGCAGGCAUCGUAAUGACCCAAGCAGGGCUGGACCUGAGGCACGCCCAGGUGGUGGCCUUAUCCACGGGCACCAAGUGUAUCAACGGGGAGUAUCUGAGCGACCAAGGGCAGGUGGUCAACGACUGUCACGCCGAAGUCACGGCCCGCAGAGCCCUGCUGCGCUUCCUCUACUCACAACUCGAACUCUUCUUAAGUAAAAGGCCGGAGGACUGGGAGGAGUCGAUAUUCGUGCGGCACAAGGAGUGUGGCUACAGGUUGAGAGACGACGUCCAUUUCCACAUGUACAUCAGCACCUCACCGUGUGGCGACGGGCGACUCAACUCACCCUACGAAAUUACCUCUGACCUACACAGCAGCAGACACCUCAUGAGGAAGCACCGCAACCACCUGCGGACCAAAAUCGAGUCAGGCGAGGGGACGGUGCCGGUGCGAUGUCGGGGGCCGGUCCAGACAUGGGACGGCGUCCUACAGGGCGAGCAGCUAAUCACGAUGUCCUGCACCGACAAGAUCACCAGAUGGAACAUCCUGGGCCUGCAGGGGGCGUUGCUGAGUCACUUUGUGGAGCCAGUGUACCUGCGCAGCGUGACCGUCGGCAGCCUGCGGCACACGGGCCAUCUGGGCCGGGUUCUGAACCAGCGGCAGGAGCGCCUCGGCCCCCUGCCCGCCACAUACAGACGCAGCCAGCCCUUGCUCAGCGGCCUGAGCAGUGCCGAGUACCAACAGCCGGGGAAGGCCUCGUGUGUGAGCGUCAACUGGACGCUCGGCGACGCACAGCUGGAGGUGGUCAGCACCGGCACGGGGCGGAGGCGGGACUCGGGGACUCCCUCGCGGCUCUGCAAGCACGCCCUGUUCACCCGCUGGAGCAGACUUCACCGCAAGUUGGGGAUCCACAUGUCCGUCUCGGCGGACGGCCAGCUCCUGUACUGCGAGGCCAAGAUGGCGGCGCGUCCCUACCAGACAGUGAAGCAGCAGUGGUUCAGAUCCCUGCAGGAAACGGGCCUCGGCACCUGGGUGAAGAAACCGCCCGAGCAGGAACAGUUCCUGCUGUCGGUCUGAGGAAGAGCGUGUGUGUGAGUGAGUGAGUGAGUGUGUAUGUGAGAGUUUAUGAGAGGAAGUGUUUGUUUAACCUAUAUCUUUUUUAGAGUAAGAUGAAUGUGCGUUCUUCACCAACAUCCUCUUUCACAUUUUCAUACCUGGAAGUUUCCCAGCACCGCCUCUGAACUCGAGGCUCGUCCCCUCCGUCACUAAACAGGGAUGUGUUUAAACCCACAAACACACACGUUUAGGCAAACACACCCCUAAACUCCUCCCUUUGGUUGUCAGCGAAGGCUGGGGUAACCUUGAGCAGAAUGAAAGACAGCCGCUAUCUUGUCAUCAGCUAUUUCCGGGCCCCAAGGCUCCUGCUGAGGAGCGGAGCCACGGGGGAGAGAGGGGGAGAGAGGGGGGGGGGAGAGAGAGAGAGAGAGGUCCACGUCCAAUUACCGGCCCUGUCAGGGUGACGGCUGAUAGAGGAAGAGAGAGAGAGAGAGAAUAAGAGGAGAACAGACCUUUUUGCUUCAGACCUGCCCCCAUCACCUUCCCCUCUCUUAUUGCUAUCUUUCUCCCCCCUUUAACUCCCAGCUUCCCCCUCCUUUCGUCUCCUUCUCUCCCUCCUUUGCCCUCGUUUCCGUUUUCUUCCUCCGUCUAUUUUUCCUCGCCUCCUCUUUGUCACUCUCUCCUCUUUGCUUGCCCCCGCUCCCCUCCCCCCGACGUUCAAGCGGCGGAUUUCAAACAUGACACGACGACAGGUUAAUAAACCCUCUUUUUUUCUCCCCUUCCCACUCUCACCCCACUGGGUAGUGAGGAGGAAAGAGAAACGUGGCCAGGUACAAAAGCUCAGCCAUCGCCGCUUGCCUGAGUACGAGUGGAGGAGGUGGGGGUAGUCUCUGUUUAUUUCUAUCCCCUCUGUCUUUUGACCUCUCUUCUGACUUCUCCGAGCACCUGAAUCACCAAUAAGAGCAAGUUUGAGCUGUGACUCAUUGGCGAGGUCUCGUUGACCUCAUCGACUCCGGCCCCCCUUUUCUGUGUCAUGACCAUCCGAACAGAUAAAGAGUCAAGAUGGCGAACGAUUUUAUGCUCGACUCCCUGUCGGCACCGAGGUCUACGUGAGGGAGUUUUAUUUUUAGACCUGGAUUUCAACAUGUAGGAGAUUUUACAAUUAACGCUCGCGACGCGACUAUGACCCUUGACCACCUCCAUGUAAAUUUGUACCACGCACUAUUUUUGUCUUCACAUAUUUCAUGAUGUAAACGUGCACAUGUACCUGUGUGCGUUUGAGUGUUUGAAUGCAACUACAUGUUCAUAUUCAUUAUGAUCACACCAGUGUUGUUCUGUCAAUGUCACAAUUGAAUCUGAAUAGAAUCUGCCACCAGCACCAGUUAGUCUAAACAGUGAGAGUGACAUCUAGUGGUGCUCUGCUGCUGUGGUUUUCCAUUCCGGCUCCGCCUCUGGGAAGUUUCAUGAGCUCCUACACUACAUGGAAGAUGUUUUACUUUUUGUGUCUUGAAAAUGUGAAAUGAUAAAGACACUUACCCAGUAUCCUGUGUGAUGGGAACCACUGACCUGCUGCUUUCCCACAGUGGCAACGAUCAGAUCCGUGUGUAAAUCACAACCGCGUUUGUCUCUCAUCAUCCUGCAAAUCCAUAACUUCAGACAUUACAAUGUUCGUCAACAUGCAGUUACACCGUGUCUCCUAAAGGCUGAUGUAGCCAUGACAACAUAUUUACAGAUUUAUUUUGAGAGACAUAGAAUAUAAGGCAUGUCUGAAUGGCAAUAUUGUAUCUAUGAGUGUACAUAUGUAAAAUGUAUAAAAAGAUGUCGACAAAGAAGUGAAAGAGAUCAUGAAAUGUCUAAUUAUGAUGUAAAUUAAAGUAUAUGAAGAAUUGCUGCUAAGGUCUGUAAAUUGCACUUCAGUAACACAUAAAUUGUGAAUGUUUGUACUGUAUAUGUGAAUAAAACCACAAAAUCUUGUAAUUUUA